CUGCCUGGUUUGGCUAUCUACUGCCAUCUAGUGCAGUUAUUUGUGAUUACCAGCUUCAUACAGUGAGUGAUUUUCUCUUCCAUAAAAAGGCUGCAAGAUUUUGUACUUCUCAAUUCCCUGCGUAUCCUUUAUCCCCAUUAAAUGACUACUCUUCAGCUUUCGGCCCAGAAGAAAAAGCUCUCUUUCAAUAGAUCCACAAGCACACUACAGUGCGUGUGCAUCAGACAUACUUUGUUAUAACUCGAAGUGCACUGUGGGGAAGCUCAGUGUCGUUUCUUCACUGGUACAGGCACAUACGGAGUACCACUCUCCCACCACUUAGACAGAAGCGAAUUCAGAUUACAGAUCGAGAGAUAAAAAGCUAAAAAGCCAUGGUUUAAAAAAAUAUCUGUUCUGUACAAACGUGGCUCAGUGGAAGCCAUGAAAGCAAGAAACCCACAGCAAAAUAUGUGCAGCUCAUACUGGUUCUACACAGACUGUGUGAACCCGCAACACUACAAUUAAAUGCUGCCUCUUGACUCCCUGUCGAAGCCAUUGUGACUUAAUUAAUUUAAGGAGGCUACAGCCUUCAGAAAAACCCACCAAAACAAACCUUAAUGAGCAGCAGAGGCUCCUCUUUGAACUGACUUGUUGUCAGCGUUACAUGCUGAAAAAAAAUACACUUGGCUCUUGUCUCGUCUUCACCAAAAACUGAUCCUUUCAUUUUCCAGACAGGCUAGCCUAUUUGAAUGAUAGCACACUGCGACGGCAAAAGUAAACUCACCAGGGCCACAAAUUAGCUGGUGACAAACUCAUCCAUCACCGUUGCCGGGGUGACAGUAUCCGAAUACGUGCCGUAGCCCUGGCAACAGAUGCUAAACAAAAGGCUCGCGGCUAGCGGGCUGAUUUGCCUGGCUGGGUUCAAGAUGAGCCGACCUGGCAGCAGACUUGAUGAAAGAGGGGUCAACAAAAAUGGAGACCCAGGAGGUAGUCUCUCCGUGCUCACCGACACUUUGACCGCAGCAGUGAGACCUGAAACAAGGCUAUUGUCUGCCUUCAAGAGAGACAUUGACGUCAGGAAGGUUUACCUGGCAGGGAGAGAGUAUUACAGCGAGGAAGGGAAGACCUUUGAACUGCGUCUUGUUGGAAAAAUAAAGCAACAGCUAAGCGCUGAUACCACUCUUCUUCCGGAGUAUCCACCUUGUUUUGGUUUGGCAGAAUUCAGCCAGCAAGCCACAGAUGUUGCUUUGGGGAAGAGCUCUCGGGCUGUAAUGGAGAACCGGGUAUUAGGUGUCCAGACUCCCGGUUUUACUGCUGCUGUUCGUCUUGGGGCAGAACUCUUGAAACACUGGUAUGAUGCCAGUGAUGCUUGGUGCGGGCCCGUCUACCUUUCUUCCCCUUGUGAUGACUCAUUGGCUGGUAUCUUCCAGGCAGCAGGGAUCCAAGAUAUCCGUGAGUAUUAUUACUGGGAUGACAAGCAGCGGGGUGUUUGUUUGGAGAAGCUUCUGGAGGAUCUGGACAGGGCUCCGGAGCGAAGUGUUGUUGUUCUCUCAGCAUCUGCCCACUACCCAACUGGAGCAGACCUCUCUCAGAAUCAAUGGGCUGUGAUUACACAACUCGUCAUGAGGCGUAGGCUUUUUCCUUUCCUCUUGCUGCCUGCCCAGGCACUCUGCAAUGGAGAUUUAGAGCGGGAUGCCUGGCCUGUACAAUACUGUGCAUCACAGGGGAUGGAACUCCUCUGUGCUCAGUCGUUCUCCCACUGCUUUGGACUAUAUGGUGAGGCUGUCGGACAUCUCUUGUGCGUUUUGAAGCAGAACUCCCACCGGUUAUCUUUGCAGUCUAAAGCUGACAAAAUAGUCCGAUCCCUGUGGGCCCAGCCAUCUGUCGGAGGAGCACAUGUUGUUGCCUCAGUGCUCAGUAACCCAGCCCAUCUUGUUGAAUGGCAGAGAGAAGUAAAGUGCAUUGUGGAGAGAUGUAUGCUGAUCAGAGACAUUUUGAGAGAAAGGCUGAGACUUUUGGGAACUCCAGGCUGCUGGGAUCACCUGACUCAACAAGGUGGACUCUUCUGUUGUACAGGCUUGAAUGGUCAGCAGGUAGAAUUUCUGUCGAACAGGAGACACGUGUACCUGCUCCCCGGUGGCUGUCUAAAUGUCAGUGCAAUCAACGGUGGUAACUUGGACUAUAUAACCGAGUCUAUCCAUCUGGCUCUGACCACUUCACUCUGACCAUGUGGCUUUUGAUCAUUACAUCAGUGUCCUAGUGGCUUUUCAGCCUGACUGAACUUUUCAUUAGUUGAAAGUCUCAAUUUCAAGUUCAUCAUUAGUGUUUCAGCUCCAGCUAUUGCACAGUAAAUGCUGUUAAUCAUACAGAAAAUAUGUAUGGAAUUAUAGGAUUGCUUUUUGAAUUGCUGCUGACUUUUCUUGACAGAGGUCCAAAUAUUAGUAAUUGUAACACAGACCAGACUGUUAUGACCCUUCAAUUGAGAAGACAUGAGUAUGAAAUGAGUUCAGGUGUCCUGUGUGUGGUAUAUAUAGAGUGAUGAAAGAAGUACUCAGAUAUUUUACUUAGUAAAAGUAGCAAUACCACAGUACAAGUAAAAGUGUUGAUUCAGAAAACAAUAUUAGCAUUAAAAUACAGUUACAUUUUCAUAAUAAAAAGUCUCGAUAUGCAGAAUGGCCCAUUUUAGAAUAAUGUAUAUCAUAUUAUUGGAUUAUGAUUAUUGAUGGUGAUUAAUGUACGCAUUGCUUUAAUGUUGCAGCUGGUAAAGGUGGGGAUACAUUUAAUUAAUUUAUGUACAGCUGGAUAGCUUCUGAAUAUGAAUAAAGUAUUGUCUUAGCCUAUAAUAAUACAUCAUAAUUUAUUUGUUGAAUAUAUUUUGUAUAGAAUUACAGUAAAGUAGCAGAAAAUUUAACUUUUCAAGUAAAGUACCGGAAAAUUGUACUUAGGAUAGAAAUGUAAAUGUAUUUUCUUAUUUUCCACCACUGGCUAUAUCAAGUAAAACAAUACGAGUGUAGUAGAUUCUUUUGUUACAGUUUUGUUCCUUUAUCUGCUGUAAAACACUGCCAGUCACUUAAAGGCUUACAGGAUAAACUGUAUAUUUUAUAUUUAUACAUGAUAUUGUAUUGGUGUUUAUUUGUUGUAGUCUGCCAGAACCAGGAAAUAAGUCUAUAAGACUAAAGCCAGCAGCUCGUUAGAUUAACUCAUUAGCUUAGCUCUGUCCAAAUAUAACAAAACCCAUCUAAAAUGACCCCCAGAAGCUCAAAAUCAACAUCAGAUUUGGUUAUGUGUGUGACACAGUGACAAGCCACAAAUUGUUUUGUUUUUUUUAAGCUUCAGGUUUUGUAGUGAUUAAACAAAUAAGAUAUAUAUAUAUAUGAUGUCGAACUUUUAUUUUCCAUAUGUAGUAGACAUAAAUGUGAGGCUAAUGUCAUGAAUGGGUGUGAGUAACUUUAAGUUAAUCUGAGUUGAGUGAAUUGCUCUAGAUGGAAUUUUGUAAAAUCAAAAAAAGGUAUAGCAUCUUUUAGUGGCUAUAUACUGUGCUUUGUUAGUAACAACAUGUUCUGUACAGUAAGUGAUGACCAGACUCACCAGCACUCUUUAAAACAAGGUGAAUCAAGAGCUUAAUGGUCCAAGGGUAACCCUUAGAGGGAUCAGCCUUAGACAAGCCGCCAUAUAUUGCUUACUGCAUCCAAAGCAAAAGGGUGCUCUCUUUCUUGCUUCAAGGAUUCCUUUCAGUGUCUGUAAACAUCAGUCAGAAACAUAAAUCUCUCUAUUGAAAACUAUGUACGCAGAAGA